CUCAGGUGACACCUCUGUGCCCAGGCUUCCCUCCAAGGGAGACAGGCCCAGAAGCUGCUGUCCAGUGGCUGGAGGGUGCCCCACAGCCCAGGGUGGCCAGGCUCCUCCCACACACAACACCCCAGCACUCACUGCUCCCGGAACCCACUCCCGCUCCAGGGCCCGACGCUGGCAGGACAUUAACGAGCUGGACAGCCUCCCAGGUAAACAAGCAUCCCCGUGACGGCCAGGAGCCGGCCCAGCAACACGGAAGGAGAGGCUGUGGGCUGGGCACCACAGGGACCAGGCAGGUAUAAAAGCCAGAGCCCAGAGCUCCCCACACACACCCACACUCACCCACACACCCACCCACACACCCACCCACCCUCCUCCAGCACACCCACCAUGGCCGCCUCCACCAUGUCCGUCUGCUCCAGCUCUUGCCCAGAGUCCUCCUGGCAGGUGGACGACUGCCCAGAGAGCUGCUGCGAGCCCCCCUGCUGCACCCCCAGCUGCUGCCAGCCCAGCAGUUGCCAGCCCAGUUGCUGCGCCCCAGCCCCCUGCCUGACUCUCCUCUGCACCCCAGUGAGCUGUGUGUCCAGACCCUGCUGCCAAUCAGUCUGCACCAGCUCUUGCACCCCCUCCUGCUGCCAGCAGUCUAGCUGCCAGUCUGAUUGCUGCAGCUGCUCCCCCUGCCAGCCAUCCUGCUGUGUGUCCCUCUGCUGCAGGCCCGUGUGCUGUAAGCCUGUAUGCUGCAAGCCCGUGUGCUGUGUGCCACUCUGCUCUGAGCAGUCCUGCUGUGAGCCCUCUUGCUGCUCAUCCUCCCCCUGCCAGCAGUCCUGCUGUGUGUCCCUCUGCUGCAAGCCUGUCUGCUGCAAGCCUGUGUGCUGCAAGCCCGUAUGCUGUGUGCCCAUCUGCUCUGGAGCCUCCUCCUCUUGCUGCCAGCAGUCUGGCUGCCAGUCUGACUGCUGCAGCUCCUCCCCCUGCCAGCCGUCCUGCUGCGUGCCCGUCUGCUGCAAGCCCGUCUGCUGCUACAGACCCUCCUCCUGCGUGUCCCUGCUCUGCCGCCCCGUGUGCAGGCCCGCCUGCUGCGAGCCCGUCUCCUCCUGCUGUGCCUCCUCCUGCCAGCCCAGCUGCUGCCGCCCGGCCUCCUGCGUGUCCCUGCUCUGCCGCCCUACCUGCUCCCGCCCGGCCUGCUGUGGUGUCUCCUUGGGCCAGAGGUCCUGCUGCUGACCGGCCAUGUCCCCAGGGCCAGUGGGCUAGGCUCCUCCCCCUUGCUGGCCAUUCACCCCCCCCAGUCGGCUCCUGAGCUCCCCAGUGGCUCUCUCGUGUGUCCACUAUGCUAACCUGACCUCCCAGCAGCCCACCACCUUCAGUCCCCUGUGUGUCCCUCUAGUUCCUCUGCUCUGGUCCACCUGCCUCAUCUUCCAUCUGUCAGCCCCUCUCAAGGCUCAAUAAAGUCCCCCUCAUCACGUGAUUCUCCUUUCUCCCGUGAUUGUGGGGACACAGGUUGGGAGUGGAGUAGGAGCGUUCCUAGGAGUGAGGACUUGGCCUGGAGAUCCCAAGGGACAGCGGCUAUGUCCCCCGGGUGCAGCUCUGGUGGGAGUCCUGUCUCCAGAGGGGAAAUCUCUCCUGGGAGAGUCCCCCAGCUCUACAGGUUCUGUCCAGUGUCCAGCAAACAGGCUUGGGCCUGGGUCGGGAGCCGCACUGGGGGUGGGACUUCCCGGUCGGUGGGCAUGGCCUGGCGGAGUGUCUGCUGCGUCCUGCUGGGUGGAGCACACUGCAGACUUCUUAGCAGAGCGUCCCCACAGUGGGGGUGAGGUUAACCCGCAGGGCCCUGUCUGGUCCUUCCUGGCCAAGCUUUGUGGAGCCUCAGAAGCCGUCUUCCCAAGGAGCUCCACCCCACUCAGAGCAAAACUCCAGGAGCUUCACAGGGAUCCACGUGUCCCUCCCCUGCAACGUGAGACCCCGUGCUGAGCUGACCCCAGCCGCACCAGGCAGGCCGCACAGAGGAAGGGGGCCCCCAGGGGACGUGAAGGCAGAGAAGCAGAAACUGAGGCCCCACCGGCCAGGGGCCGAGCAGCUCGCAGUCCAGAUCUUAGAGGUAGAGGGUGAGCUGAGGCCAGAAACCACGGGGCGCCGCCUGGACCGUGAGAGCGCGUGGCCCAUCAGAGGCCACCAGGCCUCUCCCACGGUGCUGGUGCCAUUCGCCUCCCCUCCAGCAGGCACAGAGAGUCCCCGCGGCUCCUCACCAGCGCGGCUCCACACCCUCGCGGCUCCACACCCGUGCUGACUCUUGGGGCCGACAUUCUGGGGUCUUUGUGAUCUUGGGGGUCUUGGUGGGUUUUGGUGAGUCUUUGUGGGUCUUGGUGGUCUUGGUGGUCUUGGUGGUCUUGGUGGU